AUGAAGAAAAUGAAGAAAAUGAAGAAAACUAUAUAUAGUUUAGUUACCGUUGUUACCUAUAUCCUUUCGAUUGUAGCAAUACAAUGUUUUAUAAAUAAUGACGAUUUAAAUAACUAUUUCACGAAAAAUAAAAACGUGCAUGGUGAAUAUGAAAUAAACGGCAUAGCUAUAAAUAAUAAUGAAGAAUUUAGAUAUAGAUGUCUUUCAGAACAUAGUAUAGAAAAUAAUUACUCUUCAGGCUCUACUACGAUUCGCGAGCCUUCAGAUAAUAAUAAUUAUAAAAAGUCGUUAAAACCCUAUGUACGACACAUCUCUUUACAUAAUAGUAAAUAUAAUUUACAAUCAUAUAAUGCUUCAUAUAAUUUGCAAUCAUAUAAUGCUAAAUAUAAUUCAUCUACACGUAAUAAUAAAUCUCGAGUGCCUUUAAAUGAUAAUAAAUCUAGAGUGUCUUUCAAUGAUAAUAUAUCUCAAAAAUCGUUAGAUUAUAAUAAAUCUAGAGUGUCUUUCAAUGAUAAUAUAUCUCAAAAGUCUUUAAAUUAUAAUAAAUCUCUAGAAUCUUUAAAUGAUAAUGUAUCUCAACUGUCUUUAAAUUAUAAUACAUCUCUAGAAUCUUUAAAUUAUAAUACAUCUCAAAUGUCUUUAAAUGAUAAUACAUCUCAAAUGUCUUUAAAUGAUAAUAAAUCACAAGUGUUUUUUGAAAAUGUGCCUCAAGAACUUUUAAAAAGUAUACCUAAAGAGUAUUUAGAUAAUAUAAUUAAAUCGAGUAUAAAGGAUAUCGAAGCUUUAGCUAUUUUAAAUAAUAAAGAAACUGAAACUACUUCAGAUAAUAAAGAGGCUGGAAUUGCUUCAGAUAAUAAAGAAACCGAAACUGCUUCGGGUAAUAAAGAAACAGAAGUUACUUCGGAUAAUAAUAAAUCACAAGAGUCUUUAAAUGAUAAUAAAUCACAACAGCUUUUUGAAGAUGUACCUAAAGAGUAUUUAGAUAAUAUAACUAAUUUUGUUAUAAAGGAUAACGAAGCUUUAGUUACUUCAAAUAAUAAAGAGACUGAAAUUGCUUCAGAUAAUAAAGAAACUGAAACUACUUCAGAUAAUAAAGAGGCUGAAAUUGCUUCAGAUAAUAAAGAAACUGAAACUACUUCAGAUAAUAAAGAGGGUGAAAUUGCUUCAGGCAAUAAAGAAACUGAAACUACUUCAGAUAAUAAAGAGGGUGAAAUUGCUUCAGGCAAUAAAGAAACUGAAACUACUUCAGAUAAUAAAGAAACUGAAACUACUUCAGAUAAUAAAGAGGCUGAAAUUGCUUCAGAUAAUAAUGAAACUGAAACGACUUCAGAUAAUAAUGAAACUGAAACGACUUCAGAUAAUAAAGAGGGUGAAAUUGCUUCAGGUAAUAAAGAAACUGAAACUACUUCAGAUAAUAAAGAGGCUGAAACUACUUCAAAUAAUAAAGAGACUGAAAUUGCUUCAGAUAAUAAAGAAACUGAAACUACUUCAGAUAAUAAAGAGGCUGAAACUACUUCAGGUAAUAAAGAAACUGAAACUACUUCAGAUAAUAAAGAGGGUGAAACUACUUCAGAUAAUAAAGAGGGUGAAACUACUUCAAAUAAUAAAGAGACUGAAAUUGCUUCAGAUAAUAAAGAAACUGAAACUACUUCAGAUAAUAAAGAGGAUGAAAUUGCUUCAGAUAAUAAAGAAACUGAAACUACCUCGGAUAAGAAAGAAGCCGAAACUGAAGAUAAUAAAGAAACCAAAACUGAAGAUAAUAAAGAAACCAAAGCUACUUCAAUUAAUAGAACAUCUCAAGAUCUUUUACAAAAAAUACCUCGAGCUGAUAUACGUAAUAUGCUUCAAGAUUAUUUAAAUAAUAAUAAACCUCAAAAGUCAUUAAAUGAUAAUAAAUCCCAAAAGUCUUUAAAUGAUAAUACAUCUCUAAAAUCUUUAAAUGAUAAUAAAUCUAGAGUGUCUUUCAAUGAUAAUAUAUCUCAAAAGUCUUUAAAUUAUAAUAAAUCUCUAGAGUCUUUAAAUGAUAAUGUAUCUCAACUGUCUUUAAAUUAUAAUACAUCUCUAGAAUCUUUAAAUUAUAAUACAUCUCAAAUGUCUUUAAAUGAUAAUACAUCUCUAAAAUCUUUAAAUUAUAAUACAUCUCAAAUGUCUUUAAAUGAUAAUAUAUCUCAAAAAUCUUUAAAUGCCAAUGUAGAACACAUCUCUUCAAAUAAUAGUAAAUAUAAUUUGAAAACAUAUAAUGCUUCAUAUAAUUUGCAAUCAUAUAAUGCUAAAUAUAAUUCAUCUACACGUAAUAAUAAAUCUCAAGUGCCUUUAAAUGAUAAUAAAUCUAGAGUGUCUUUCAAUGAUAAUAUAUCUCAAAAAUCGUUAGAUUAUAAUAAAUCUAGAGUGUCUUUCAAUGAUAAUAUAUCUCAAAAGUCUUUAAAUUAUAAUAAAUCUCUAGAAUCUUUAAAUGAUAAUGUAUCUCAACUGUCUUUAAAUUAUAAUACAUCUCUAGAAUCUUUAAAUUAUAAUACAUCUCAAAUGUCUUUAAAUGAUAAUACAUCUCAAAAAUCUUUAAAUUAUAAUAAAUCUCUAGAGUCUUUAAAUGAUAAUGUAUCUCAACUGUCUUUAAAUUAUAAUACAUCUCUAGAAUCUUUAAAUUAUAAUACAUCUCAAAUGUCUUUAAAUUAUAAUGCAUCUCAAAAACCUUUAAAUGAUAAUAAAUCACAAGAGUCUUUAAAUGAUAAUAAAUCACAAGCGUUUUUUGAAAAUGUGCCUCAAGAACUUUUAAAAAGUAUACCUAAAGAGUAUUUAGAUAAUAUAAUUAAAUCGAGUAUAAAGGAUAACGAAGCUUUAGCUACUUUAAAUAAUAAAGAGACUGAAAUUGCUUCAGAUAAUAAAGAAACUGAAACUACUUCGGGUAAUAAAGAAACAGAAGCUACUUCGGAUAAUAAUAAAUCUCUAGAAUCUUUAAAUUAUAAUACAUCUCAAAUGUCUUUAAAUUAUAAUGCAUCUCAAAAACCUUUAAAUGAUAAUAAAUCACAAGAGUCUUUAAAUGAUAAUAAAUCUCAAGAGUCUUUAAAUGAUAAUAAAUCUCUAGAGUCUUUAAAUGAUAAUAAAUCACAAGAGUCUUUAAAUGAUAAUAAAUCACAAGAGCCUUUAAAUGAUAAUAAAUCACAAGAGUCUUUAAAUGAUAAUAAAUCACAAGAGUCUUUAAAUGAUAAUAAAUCACAAGAGUCUUUAAAUGAUAAUAAAUCACAAGAGUCUAUAAAUGAUAAUAAAUCACAAGAGUCUUUAAAUGAUAAUAAAUCACAAGAGUCUUUAAAUGAUAAUAUAUCUCAAAAAUCGUUAGAUUAUAAUAAAUCUCUAGAGUCUUUAAAUGAUAAUAAAUCACAAGAGUCUAUAAAUGAUAACAUAUCGCAAGAGUCUAUAAAUGAUAACAUACCCCAAAAGCCUUUAAAUGAUAACAAAUCACAAGAGUAUUUAAAUGAUAAUAUAUCUCAAAAGUCGCUAAAACCCUAUGUACGACACAUCUUUUCAAAUAAUAGUAAAUAUAAUUUGCAAACAUAUAAUGCUUCAUAUAAUUUGCAAUCAUAUAAUGCUAAAUAUAAUUCAUCUACACGUAAUAAUAAUCUUCGAGGGUCUUCAAACUAUAAUAAAUCUAGAGUGUCUUUCAAUGAUAAUAUAUCUCAAAAAUCGUUAGAUUAUAAUAAAUCUAGAGUGUCUUUCAAUGAUAAUAUAUCUCAAAAGUCUUUAAAUUAUAAUAAAUCUCUAGAGUCUUUAAAUGAUAAUGUAUCUCAACUGUCUUUAAAUUAUAAUACAUCUCUAGAAUCUUUAAAUUAUAAUACAUCUCAAAUGUCUUUAAAUUAUAAUGCAUCUCAAAAACCUUUAAAUGAUAAUAAAUCACAAGAGUCUUUAAAUGAUAAUAAAUCUCAAAAACCUUUAAAUGAUAAUAAAUCACAAGAGUCUUUAAAUGAUAAUAAAUCACAAGCGUUUUUUGAAAAUGUGCCUCAAGAACUUUUAAAAAGUAUACCUAAAGAGUAUUUAGAUAAUAUAAUUAAAUCGAGUAUAAAGGAUAACGAAGCUUUAGCUACUUUAAAUAAUAAAGAAACUGAAACUACUUCGGGUAAUAAAGAAACAGAAGCUACUUCGGAUAAUAAUAAAUCUCUAGAAUCUUUAAAUUAUAAUACAUCUCAAAUGUCUUUAAAUUAUAAUAAAUCACAAGAGUCUUUAAAUGAUAAUAAAUCUCUAGAGUCUUUAAAUGAUAAUAUAUCUCAAAAAUCGUUAGAUUAUAAUAAAUCUCUAGAGUCUUUAAAUGAUAAUAUAUCUCAAAAAUCGUUAGAUUAUAAUAAAUCUCUAGAGUCUUUAAAUGAUAAUAAAUCACAAGAGUCUUUAAAUGAUAAUAAAUCACAAGAGUCUUUAAAUGAUAAUAAAUCACAAGAGUCUUUAAAUGAUAAUAAAUCACAAGAGUCUAUAAAUGAUAACAUAUCUCAAAAGUCGUUAAAACCCUAUGUACGACACAUCUUUUCAAAUAAUAGUAAAUAUAAUUUGCAAACAUAUAAUGCUUCAUAUAAUUUGCAAUCAUAUAAUGCUAAAUAUAAUUCAUCUACACGUAAUAAUAAAUCUCAAGUGCCUUUAAAUGAUAAUAAAUCUAGAGUGUCUUUCAAUGAUAAUAUAUCUCAAAAAUCGUUAGAUUAUAAUAAAUCUCUAGAGUCUUUAAAUGAUAAUGUAUCUCAAUUGUCUUUAAAUUAUAAUACAUCUCUAGAAUCUUUAAAUUAUAAUACAUCUCAAAUGUCUUUAAAUUAUAAUAAAUCACAAGAGUCUUUAAAUGAUAAUAAAUCACAACAGCUUUUUGAAGAUGUACCUCAAGAAGUUUUAAAAGGUGUACCUAAAGAGUAUUUAGAUAAAAUAACUAAUUUUGUUAUAAAGGAUAACGAAGCUUUAGCUACUUCAAAUAAUAAAGAACCCGAAACUGAAGAUAAGAAAGAAACCGAAACUGCAGAUAAUAAAGAACCCGAAACUGAAGAUAAUAAAGAACCCGAAACUGCAGAUAAUAAAGAACCCGAAACUGCAGAUAAUAAAGAACCCGAAACUGAAGAUAAUAAAGAACCCGAAACUGAAGAUAAUAAAGAACCCGAAACUGAAGAUAAUAAAGAACCCGAAACUGCAGAUAAUAAAGAACCCGAAACUGCAGAUAAUAAAGAACCCGAAACUGAAGAUAAUAAAGAACCCGAAACUGCAGAUAAUAAAGAACCCGAAACUGAAGAUAAUAAAGAACCCGAAACUGAAGAUAAUAAAGAACCCGAAACUGAAGAUAAUAAAGAACCCGAAACUGAAGAUAAUAAAGAACCCGAAACUGAAGAUAAUAAAGAACCCGAAACUGCAGAUAAUAAAGAACCCGAAACUGCAGAUAAUAAAGAACCCGAAACUGCAGAUAAUAAAGAACCCGAAACUGAAGAUAAUAAAGAAACCAAAGCUACUUCAAUUAAUAGAACGUCUCAAGAUCUUUUACAAAAAAUACCUCGAGAUGAUAUACGUAAUAUGCUUCAAGAUUAUUUAAAUAAUAAUAAAUCCCAAAAGUCUUUAAAUGAUAACAUAUCUCAAAAGCCUUUAAAUGAUAACAUAUCUCAAAAGCCUUUAAAUGAUAACAUAUCUCAAAAGCCUUUAAAUGAUAACAUAUCUCAAAAGCCUUUAAAUGAUAACAUAUCUCAAAAGCCUUUAAAUGAUAACAUAUCUCAAAAGCCUUUAAAUGAUAACAUAUCUCAAAAGCCUUUAAAUGAUAGCAUAUCUCAAAAGCCUUUAAAUGAUAACAUAUCUCAAAAGCCUUUAAAUGAUAACAUAUCUCAAAAGCCUUUAAAUGCCAAUGUAGAACACAUCUCUUCAAAUAAUAGUAAAUAUAAUUUGAAAACAUAUAAUGCUUCAUAUAAUUUGCAAUCAUAUAAUGCUAAAUAUAAUACAUCUGCACUUAAAAAAAAAUAG